UACAUCACCUUCCCCUGCUAACCCCUCCCUUCCCGUCAGUUUGUCCCUAGUCACACACAUCUAUAAAUAGAAUUUGAUCCCCUCAUCUCUUCCUUACCUUAUUUCUCAUUAAUUCUUUCUUCUCCAAGUCAAAGUUUCAAAGUUAACUCUUGCCUUUAAAAUGGACUUUCUUGGAAUUUUUCUUUUGUCUUCUCUAGCCAUGUUGAAGACGAUUCAUGGACAUGGAGGUGGAUGGUCUAACGCUCACGCUACAUUCUAUGGGAGCAGUGAUGCGUCUGGUACAAUGGGUGGAGCAUGUGGCUAUGGAAAUCUUUACAGCCAAGGUUAUGGCACAAGCACUGCUGCAUUGAGCACUGCUCUAUUCAACAAAGGGCUCGCUUGUGGGGCAUGCUUUGAGAUCAAGUGUGUUAAUGACAAUAGAUGGUGUCUCCAAGGCUCCAUUAUAGUAACAGCAACAAACUUCUGCCCACCAAACAACGCUCUCCCUAAUAAUGCAGGCGGGUGGUGUAACCCUCCUUUACGACACUUUGAUCUCUCCCAGCCUGUUUUCCAACAUAUAGCUCACUAUAAAGCUGGGAUAGUGCCUGUUGCAUACAGAAGGGUUGCUUGUAGGAAAUCUGGUGGCAUCAGGUUUACCAUAAAUGGACAUUCAUACUUCAACCUUGUAUUGAUAACCAAUGUUGGAGGUGCUGGAGAUGUGGUGUCUGUCUCCAUUAAAGGCUCUAGAACUGGUUGGCAAGUGAUGUCUCGCAAUUGGGGCCAAAAUUGGCAAAGCAACUCUUACAUGAAUGGCCAAGCACUCUCUUUUAAGGUCACAACAAGCGAUGGCCGCUUUGUCACCUCCAAUAACGUGGCUCCUGCGAAUUGGGCAUUUGGCCAAACUUUUACGGGAGGGCAAUUUUAAUUGUUUCGAUCUUCACCCCCAAAACUAACCAACAUUAAAAAUUUAAGUCAUCUCAUCCCAACAAGACCAAGCCCCUAAGGCUUAAACAACCAUUAACCAAGUAGUUUUAGUUUUCUAGUUAGUUGCAUCUGAUAUAUAAAUACCAUUUAUAGGUUUGUAAUACAAGGACAAAAGUUGUAACCAUGGGGUACUUUUACAAAUGCCCUGACUGCUGCCGUUGUGUUUCUUUUUUACUAUUUUUUAUUUUGGGAUGAAUGCUUUGUUCUGGAAUUUGACGUGAAGAUGCAUCAAAAAGUGAUAAAAGUUUGUGUGAAUUUGGUCUCUAUGGGGCCAUAGAGGCCUGUCUACAUAUCGUACUAAAUAAUGUUGAAGAGUAGUCUCAGUUUUUCCAGCCAGGACUGCAUGUUUCAUGUAAUCUUUUGGAGUGGAAUGUGCUUUGAAGACAUCAUUUUCAUUUUCAUCGUCUUGUAUAAGAUUUACCCUUACUAAUAAUGAUAUAGCCUGCAUUUUCUGCGAA